UUUAGGUUUUUCCGCUCCGAUUACUGAUCCCAGAACAGUAACAAGAAAAGGAAGGCGUCCCAUGUCUUUUCUUCCUGCCCUCCCUCUCUGCCUCGGCCUCUCUUCUCAUAUCACUGGUUCGUGGGUGGAGUUUGUCACUGAGGAGUGAGGAAGAUUCUGUCAAUUAGGUAGUUGCUGCUUGAAAACAGUGCAGAGCAGACAGGUAGAGAAGAAGAAGAAGAGGCGGUGGAAGUGCCAGAUGUUAUCAGAUCAGAUCCUGACCAGUCAUGUAAACUGGCCUCCACUUACAACCACAGCAUCAUCACAAAACCAGAGUAAAAUGAGGAUUCUCCUUGAAAGCAAAAACCACCUUCAGUUAAAGAAAAUCUUGGAUUGUCGUUAUAUUUGAAAGGACUUCCAGGUUUUUUUUCAUCCAGUGCUCAAAGACCCCAGAGAGCGUGGGCUUGUGACUGUCAGUGAUGUGUUCUCUGAGACCAGUCAUGUCCUGGAUACUUCUUCUUCUCCUGGUGCUUCUGCUGGGAACAACCUGCUCAGCGCUCCAGUCCCUUGUUAAAAUCAACAGAGGUUUAAAGGUGAAACGGGGUCAGUCGGCCUACCUUCAGGAGGGCGACCUGCAGUUCCACAUCCCCCGCCAAAAGGAUGCAUGCAAGGUGGAGGUGGUGUUAAAUGAGCCCAUAACUCAACGGGUGGGAAAAGUCAUGCCUCAGGUGUUUGAUUGUCACUAUCUGGCUGAUGAGGUGAAGUAUGUCCACAACGGAUGUCCAUUGUUAAAGGAAGACACUGUCAAGCUCCGGCUGUACAGGUUCACUGACACAGACACGUAUAUGGAAGUCUUCACUCUCCAUGUGGACGUUAUUGAACCUGAAUGCAGCCUUAUCAAACUGGGACCGAAAUCUCUGGAGGUUCCUGAGUUCUACAGCCUUUCCAAUACUAUCGAUGGAAACGUGGUGUCCUUCAGCUACGAGAGGAAGUCCAAUCUGGAAUGUAGCGUCCAUCUGAGUAAGCAUGACACCCACCUGCCGGCACACGGUCGGGUGGUUACCGGCGAGCUGGAGAAAGCCACCAAAAGAGGAGACGAGCCAGAGAGCUUCAUCCACCUGCGGCAGCAACUAGAUAAUAAAGAAAGGGCUAUGUGUAAAUCUGAGGACUGCCUGAAGGGUUUGAAGCUAGUGAAGUUCACCAAAAUCCCUUGUGAUGACUUCCUGGUGAUGGGACUGAGGUAUCAGCACAUUGACCCUCCGUCUCCAGACAUAGACUACAUCGCAAUCAGACUGGACCUGAAGGACACCAGGAGCGGCAGCAUAUAUAAGUCUGAAAAUGCAUGGAUUCCCGUGCGGAUCAUUGGUGCAAUGCCGAACCAGCCUCCCAAACCAUCCUUCAUGUCCAUGUUUAUCCUGGAAGUCGAUCAGUUCAUCCUCACUCCGCUCUCAACCGCUACUGUCGACGCUGAAGAUGAUGAAACGUCCAAACAGCUGUUGGUGUUCAAUGUCACCAAACCGCCUGUGGACGGCUUCAUCACCCACCUCUCCGAUCACACUCGUCCAAUCUCCUCCUUCACAUGGCUGGAUCUCAAUGACAUGCUCAUCGGGUAUCAGCCUCCGAACUCCUCUCAUCCCCAGCGCAGGAACUAUGAGGUGGAAGUUGAGGUUCAUGAUUUUUAUUUUGAGAAGAGUCCAGCGAUGACUGUCCAUGUGUCUGUCAGGAAUGCAGACACCAAUGCACCCAGAGUGUCGUGGAACAUGGGCCUGAGUCUGCUGGAGGGUCAGUCUCGUCCAAUAACGUGGGAGCAGCUACAGAUUGUGGACAACAACAACCUGAAUGUGGUUCGUGUCAUCACUGUGGACGGUCUUCAGCAUGGACGUCUGACUGUAAGAGGUGGAAAGGGCUUCAUGUUCACAGUCAAUGACAUCAAAGCAGGCGUGGUUCGUUAUCACCACGACGACAGUGACUCCACCAAGGACUUCAUCAUCUUCCGCAUCACUGACGGCCUCCAUCAGACCCGGCACAAGUUUCCCAUUAAGAUCCUUCCAAAGGACGACAGUCCUCCUUUUCUCAUCACCAACAUGCUACUGGAGGUGUCUGAGGGGCAGACGGCGCUGCUCAGAGGCUCCACCCUCCAGGCCUCAGACAUGGACUCCAGCGACGACUACGUCCUCUUUAACAUCACACGUCCACCGAAGGCUGGAGAGGUCAUGAAAAUCCCUGGUUCAGGACUCACAGGUUAUCCUGUCAGCCACUUUCUGCAGAAGGACCUGGCUCAGUCUGUUGUUUACUACAGACACUUCGGAAAUGAGGUGUUCGAUGACUCUUUUGAGGUGGUGCUUUCCGAUUUUCACGAACCCCCAAACCUGUCAGAGCCUCAAGUGGUGAUGGUCCAUAUAGAGCGCAUGCCAAAUCAGCCUCCUAAAGAGGUCCCUGGUACCAACCGCUGUCUGGUGAUCAAAGAAACUGAAGUGGUCCAUAUAACACGGCAGCACCUUCACUUUGUAGACCUGGAGUCCCCUGACAGUGAGCUCACAUUCACGGUUACCACUCCACCUUUCUACACCGGUCCACACAGCAGCAGCGUGGAUGCAGGAAGGUUGUUCCUGGUUGACAGCAUCCCUAAAUUUACCAAAGACUCCAAUGCACCGGUGCUGAGACUUUUCACUCAGCAUGCAGUUAACUAUAUGAAAGUAGCCUACAUGCCUCCGAUCAUGGACAUCGGCCCUUACCCCCAGUAUAUCCAGUUUAUUCUCUCUGUAACCAACCAUUUGGGGAAAACAGUCACUGGGAUCUGCUUUAACAUCACUGUGAUGCCAGUGGACAAUCAGCCACCACAGGUUGUCACCCACCCUCUGGCUGUAGACGAGGGAGGGGAGUGCUGGCUCGGCCCUCAACAUUUGCUGUUGUCUGAUGUUGACUCCAUGGUUGAAUCCCUGCGGGUGGAGUUGCAGACGGAGCCACAGCAUGGAGCUCUGCAUCUGGGGGGCUCCCCACUCAAACCAGGCCAGGGCUUCACUGUGAAAGACCUGAAAAGCCUUAAAGUUAGGUAUCGUCACGACAGCUCUGAAACUGUGGAGGACAACAUUGAAUUAACUGCCACCGAUGGAACCAAUUCAGUCAAUUUUGUUCUGCAAGUAAAGGUUACACCCAUCAAUGAUGAGGUCCCAGUGUUGGCCCCUGGGUUGAAAACGCUUCUACAAUGUGCAGAGGGACAGGAAAUCGUCAUCACUGCUGAGUAUAUUUACGCUACUGAUGCAGACAGUGACAACAGCAGCUUGGCCUUCUUGAUCGCUAGGCAGCCUUAUCACGGCGUGGUGCUCCGAAAUGCUGCUGUUGUGGAUCGCUUCAUUCAGGCAGACGUCACAGCAGGGGUCAUCACCUAUAGACACACAGGUUUGGAGAUUGGACUCACUCCUCGCCACGACACCAUAACCUUUGUUAUUUCUGACGGAGAAACGGAGAACUCUGCUCUGUGCUGUGAUGUAAAUAACCCUGUCAGGACCAGAGGCUCGGUCCAAACACGGGACAGUCUGCCUGUGUACGACCUGCACAUCACUGUGUAUCCAAUUGACAGCCAGCCUCCGUCACUGAGCACAGGAGACAUGUUUAUGGUGGAUGAAGGUGGGUCUGCCUCAAUAACAGCAUCUCAUCUGAAAGCCUCUGAUGUGGACACUGUCCUGGAUGAGCUGGUGGUCAGUCUGAUUUCUCCACCUCAGUUUGGCUACAUUGAAAACAUCCUGCCCAGUCCCGGCUUUGAGAAAAGCAACAUGGGCAUAAGUAUCGCUUCCUUUUCAUACAAAGACAUCACUGAUGGUCAUAUAAACUAUGUUCAGUCCAGACAUGAGAGGAUGGAGCCCACAGCUGACCACUUCAUGCUCUGUGUAUCAGAUGGGAAACGCAGCUCUGCCCAUGUACCUUUUUACAUUAUUAUCAAUCCAACAAAUGAUGAGGUCCCAGAGUUCAUGGCUCGCAACAUCACAGUAAAAGAAGGAGAAAUGAAGCAGCUGGACUCUUCAGUUUUACAUGCAGUGGAUCUGGACAAGCCCAGGAAUGUCCUGGUUUUCAGUGUGGUCAAACCCCCCCAACAUGGCAGCAUUAUCCAGCACAGCAGUACAACAUCUGUCAACAAGAGACGGGAUGUCAGACCUCUGUCCCCUGUGGUGGACUUUACCAUGACAGAUCUAACAAAUGGGUUAGCGCUGAUGUACAUGCAUGAUGACUCUGAGAACAUGGAGGACAGUUUUACCAUCCAGCUAACCGAUGGAAAGCACCAACUUCACAGACAAGUGAUGGUCAAAGUACUGCCCAUUAAUGAUGAGGAGCCUCAUGUUGUAAGGAACAACGGCCUGGACGUCGAGUCUGGGGAGACCAGGCUCAUAUCCAGUGUUACACUCUUUGCACAGGACAGCGAUACUCCAUCCUCAGAAGUCAUGUAUAUAUUUGAGAGUAUUCCUACUCAAGGUCUACUUCAGCUGAAGGAAGGUCAGAACUGGGUGACGCUGACAUUUGGAAGAAACUGCAGUCAAGAAAUGGUGGACAUGAACCUCCUACGCUACGUGCACACAGGCGUGCAUGGCGCUAAAACACAGGACUUCUUUGUCUUCUACUUGUCUGAUGGAAAUAAUCAAUCACCUGCUCAACACUUUCACAUCUCUAUCAAGGAUCUGGAAAAAGGAAAUAUUGCUGUCUUUGUGAAAACAGUCAGUGUCAACCGUGGAGAUCGUGUUGUCCUCACCACGGAUGUGCUGUUGGCCACAGACGGCACAGACAAGCCUGAGGAACUUCUGUAUGUUAUCACCAACCCGCCUGCCCACGGACACAUGGAGUACAUCAGACACCCCGGACUGCCAAUCUCCACCUUCAGCCAGAUGGACGUAGCUGCAAACCUAGUGGCUUAUGUUCAUGACAACAGAGCAAUCACACCCACAGAAACCUUCCAGUUUGUGGUGAGUAACGGCAAGACCAGCAGAAAUGGAAGCUUUGAGAUCACUGUGGAAAUGGUGGACCGAGUCCUCCCAUCUCUGACCAACAACAGAGGCCUCACAGUCCCCCGAGGCUCUUCCGUGAUCUUGGGUCCGGACUGCCUGACCAUGUCCGACCCCGACACACCACCCAAUGCCCUCGUCUUUGUCCUUCUCCAGCCUCCGCAGUAUGGAAAGCUGAUGUUAGGUGGAGUCGCACUGACUACUGGUUCAAACUUCACCCAGAAAAACAUUCAAGACCUAGAGGUCGCAUACAAACAUGAUGGAGGCCCAGCACAGAUCGACCGAUUUGCCUUUACUGGAUCUGACAGCACAUACCGUGGCUUCCUGCUGGAUGGGCAGUUACAAACAGACCCACUGUUCUUCACCAUUCAGAUCAAGACAUUAGAUAAAUCAUCUCCUGAGGUUGUGAAGCUGCUCCCUCUGUGGAAAGCUGAACUUUUGUCCGACGGCCGAUACGGGAUUUUUCUUUCGUCUCGUGAGCUGAAAGCCCAGGACAGCCACAGCAGAGAAGAAGAGCUGACAUUCUGCAUUGUUCGGCCGCCUUACUUUGGUUACCUAGAAAACAUCACCACAGGGGGUUUUGUGCCACAGCACUUCUCUCAGAUGGAGCUCAACAAGCGAACUAUUGUGUAUAUCAUCAACACAGACAGGGAGUCUCUGUCGGACAGCCUGGAGUUCACAGUGUCUGAUCCUUUAGGGAACACUGGAUCCCCACACACACUCCAGCUGAGUUGGUCCAGCUUGGAACUGUCUCAGUCAGAGUUUUCUCUAUGUGAGGAGCCGGGGCCCAUCUCUCUGGACAUCAUUCGCAAAGGAAACUUAGCAGAGUCGUCAUAUAUCACUGUCAAGGUAAAGGAAGUGACUGCAACAGCUGGAAAAGAUUUCCUCCUAAACCCUUCUUCACUCAUUCAGUUUGAUCCAGGAGUGUCAAGGAGGAGCUGGCAAACAGAGAUCAUUCAGGAUCACCUGGAGGAGGCUGACGAGGUGUUUGAGGUGCUGCUUGUCAGCCCUGAAGGUUCCAUAAUUGGCAGCAUCAACAAAGCUCAUGUUACCAUCCGGGACUCAGGAAGAGGACGGUGUAGCAUAAACCCAGAGGAGGAGGCUCCCGUCCUUGGAGGAGAGGAGGUUGCAUCUGAGCCCUACCCACAGCAUGGAUCCAUUAAACUUGAGAAACUACCCCUUGGCACAGAGACAGUGAUCUGGACACGUGGUGACAGUGUCCCCAGGCCUGAACCGGGGCCACAGAAAAAGAAACUCAAAGUCCUUGGCAAUCCCAAGUCUAUUCGUCCUUCAUCUGUUUUCCACAAUGGGUCAGAUACAGUUUACACGUAUCAUGGCAUCAUGCAGAUGCAGGUGGAAGAUGACACUUCCCCAACCAGGAAGGGCAGAAAAGCUAAUGUCCGUGUGGUCAGCAGGGGAGCUCAGCUGCAGACGUCAGCCACAAUAAAUAAUUCUAAGAAUGGUCAUCGAAAAAAGGCCCAAAACCCUGUGAUAAGUCCACAGGUUAAAGAACGUCGUACAUCUGUUAAUGCAACUCCAAAGCUCUGUGUGCCUGAACUGAUGGGGCUCCUGCAUUUCAACCAGACCACAGGUCAACUCUUUCACUGUAACGGUGUUUCCUGGAAACGCUGGACCCCUACUGACAAGAUGGUGAACGCUCAGACGUGUCCUGGAGGCUGGACCUUCCAUGGAAGCCACUGCUACAUCCUCAGCUCCGAGCAGAAAGCCACGUGGAGCUCAGCAAACAGAGUCUGCAGGGAGAGAUAUAAAGGCACUUUAGCAAGUGUUCUCUCCAAAGCCGACAUGGACUGGCUGUGGGACUUCAGUGGAAGGAAACCGUUCUGGAUAGGCCUGAACGACAGGGAGGGUCGAGGACGCUGGGAGUGGGUCAGCGGCGAGCCCGUCAGCUACACAAACUGGAGAAAGACGCCUCCUCGGACCAAAAUGAAGGGAAACAAAAAGUGUGUCCUUGUGUGGAAAAGAGCCAAGUGGCACAUCAGGGACUGCAAGGCGAGUAGGAGUCAGCGCUAUGUAUGCUCUGUAAAGACAUGAAACUGACAUGCGUUACAGGGCAAAAGCACUACGUCGAAUCAGAAUCUGAGGAGGACGGAGCCUCAGGACAUUUACACCGCUGUGACAGACUGAUUCCAAUACUGAUAAAAAGCAACUAGUGUGGACAUGUUUCACAAAACAUGUUACAUUUAUCAUGUCUAAAAGGUAACCUGCUACCCUGUAUAAAUAUGGGAUUAUGUUUACAUUACAUUUAUUCUAAUUAACCAGUUAAAGUAUUGCUAUACAUGUAAAGAGAUGUUUGUAAGUACAUGUGUUUUUAUUUCAGCUCAAAGCCUGGAUCACUGUAUGGUAACUGUAUUAUGUUAAGUUAAUUGUACAUUUAUUAUCUGUUAUUGUACAUCAGUCAUGCUUCUGCGUUAUGACCUAAUCUUGGCAUCUCAUCUAAUUUUAAGAUCUUUCGCUCCCAUGGCAAAAUUAAUUUUGUAUUAAAUUAAAUUACAGAAAGUACGCAGUAAACCCCAAGUGAUGAGUGUUUGAGUACAUGGAUAUUGUUUUGCUUCAGUCUUAGAUAGAGUACAAGACAGGAAUUUAAAGGUUAAAAGGCAGCUGUGGUGGAGAACGGGGCUUCGAAAAGGGUAAUUCAAUAUCAAUUCAGCUCAGAGAAAAAUAAGGCCAUUGUUUGUUUCUGUAAACAACAUAUUAUGUGUGUCAGUAUGUUGUGUAUCAUUGAAUGACCUGCUGAUUUUCCACAUUUCCACAGUAAGCAGAAGGAGGUAUGUAAAUUUACACAUUCAAGGACCAUGUUACUCAUCAUA